AUGCCUCAUAGCUCCGACAGCAGCGACUCCAGCUUCAGCCGCUCACCUCCCCCCGGCAAGCAGGACUCAACGGAUGACGUGAGAAAAGUGCAAAGAAGGGAGAAAAAUCGCAUUGCUGCCCAGAAGAGCCGACAGAGACAGACACAGAAAGCAGACACCCUGCACUUGGAGAGCGAAGAUCUGGAGAAACAGAACGCAGCUCUGCGCAAGGAGAUCAAGAAGCUUACAGAGGAGAUGAAGUACUUCACGUCGGUACUGAAUAGCCACGAGCCCCUGUGCUCCAUGCUGACCACCAGCGUGUCCUCGUCUCCCGAGGUGGUGUACACCUUCCACCAGCCCCACGUCAGCUCCCCGCGCUUCCAGCCCUGA